AGGCAAAAUUACUGCGGUGGUUGUAAUAGGCUAUGGUAUACAAACGGUGGUAGUGAUGUAACAAAAAAAUGUGAAUUCCGAUGUCCAGGUGGCAGUGAUUGUUUACCAGGAGUAUUUCCAGCGCCGUGUAUAAGAGAUCCAUGUGAUGAAAAAAGCUGUAAAGGCCAUCCCAACGCUAAAUGUUGUCCAGUAUUUUGUGGCGGAUGUCAUGAUUUAUGGAUGCAUAGUAUGUCCAGAAGGAGUGGUUCAUUUUCGGUGUACAAAAACCCCGUGUCAAGGACACCAGUGUGAGGGAGCUGUAUGCAGGAACAAUUAUUGUGGUGGUGCAUGUAGACGUCUAUGGUAUGAAGACAGUGGUAGCUCUUUGAUGGACGUAACAGAGCGAUGUGAAUUCCAAUGCCCAGAUAGCACUGACUGUUUACCAGGAGUUAGUAUAGUGAAAUGUGUAAAUCCAUGUGGUUUUAAAAGCUGUAAAGGCUAUCCAAACGCUAAGUGUUGUCCUGUAUAUUGUGGAGCAUGCCACGACUUAUGGUAUGUGAACGGUGCGAAAGUCACUUGCAAAAAAUAAAGAAGAGAGUGUAUUGUCUUUCAAUAAAAUUUAGUUAGAUUUGACAGCAUA